GGCGGCUCGGCCGGGCGCAGGGCGGCGGUGCCGCGGGGGAGCGAGCCCGGGGCCAUGGAGCGCUGGAAGGGCCGAGUGGCGCUGGUGACCGGCGCCUCGGUGGGCAUCGGGGCGGCCGUGGCCCGGGCGCUGGUGCAGCACGGCAUGAAGGUGGUGGGCUGCGCCCGGAGCGUGGACAAGAUAGAGAAAUUGGCAGCAGAAUGCCAGAGUGCGGGAUACCCUGGCGUCCUGAUCCCCUAUAAGUGCGAUCUGUCCAAUGAAGAGGAGAUCCUAUCUAUGUUCUCUGCAAUCAAGACUCUACAUCAAGGGGUUGAUGUGUGUAUCAACAAUGCUGGCUUGGCUCGCCCCGAGCCCCUGCUCUCUGGGAAAACGGAGGGUUGGAGGAUGAUGAUAGAUGUCAAUGUUAUGGCCGUAAGUAUCUGCACUCGGGAGGUCUAUCGGUCUAUGAAGGAGAGAAACAUUGAUGAUGGCCAUAUUAUUAACAUUAACAGCAUGAAUGGCCACAGUGUCGUGCCACAGUCAGAUGUUCAUUUUUACAGUGCCACCAAGUAUGCUGUUACAGCACUGACGGAGGGGCUAAGACAAGAACUUAGAGAAGCCAAGACUCAUAUACGAGCUACAUGUAUAUCUCCAGGACUGGUGGAAACUGGAUUUGCUUUUAAACUUCACGAUAAUGAUCCAGAAAGAGCCGCUGCAACCUACGAGAGCAUUAGGUGUCUAAAAGCUGAAGAUAUGGCCAAUGCUGUCAUAUAUGUACUAAGUGCUCCACCUCAUGUACAGAUUGGAGAUAUUCAGAUGAGGCCUACAGAGCAGAUUUCAUAGCAAAUGAAGAGGAAUGCAAGCAGCACCAUGCAUCAAUCCCCUCUUCACACCCUCCAGCAGUUUAGGGUUUCAUCUGCUGGUUGACGAAAUUUUAAUUGGAUUCCAAGGAUCACAUUUGAAGAAUUAAUUUUCUCUCUCUCUCUCUCUCUCUCUCUCAGCUGGUGCUGAGCCAGUAAAAAAAAAAUUCCUAUUGGUCUUGGGUUUCUCUCCCCCUCACUAUUACCGUAAAUGUAAUUUGAAAACACUGCAGGGAAGCAAAUCAGUGGAAUACUGUAUAUUAUUGGUUUGGGUUUUUAGUUUUGUUUGGAUCUCGUUUGCUGAUGCUCCAGACAGACACAGGUGAAGCGUCAUGAGAUAUUUGCCAACUUCAAAGCAUCACUUGGUUGCUGAUUCCUUUCUGCUGAUGCACAUUCUUUGAAUUGUUGCAAUUAAUUAAAUGGCACAUGACCUGUCACUUUCUUCUCUGUUUUUUAAGUAUUAUUGUCAGAGGUGUCCCAACGACUUCAUUUGGCAGAUGUGAUUUCCACCUCCUCCCUGUUCAGCUGUGACAUACUAAUGCAUUGGAAGGAGAUUUCCUUUGUACUUAGAACAAAGGAUUUGUCUUAAUCCUAGUCCUCUCUUCUAAAGUCAAAACAAGAGACAAGACAUCCACUGUCCACCUUUUUCAACAUACUUAAUGCUUCAGAUUUUUGGUGUAUAUCGUGUAUCAGUCAGAUCUAAUUUCUGUUUCUCUUGCAUCUAUUCAAAGCUAAUUUUGCUUGUCAAUAAUGGUGCAUGUGACUCCCCCUUUCCCAUUGUAUCCCACGGUGCCAGAAGAAGUGUAAAGAAUACUCCUUUCCUGUUUACAUGAAUUGUGCCUGACAGAUCUGAAGAAGUAUCUCUUGUGAUUGCCAUUACUCUCUCUUUCUAGGUAGGUAGAUAGAUGGAGGGAUACGCACCUGAAUUUCCACAGGUUAGGGAAUGACUAUCUAACAUAUAAGUGGCAUAGUUAAAGUAUGAGUGAGUUGUUUGGUCUUUUUAAUAAAAGUAAAAUAAAAUUGUGUACGGUCUUCUUGUGAUCAUAUAUAUCCUUUGUACCAUCUCAUAGCAUUCUUGAUGUUUUUGUAUGUUUGAUAUUUGCAUGUAUUGACACUUUUUGGAAAUAUUGACAGUCUUAGAAAUGCUGUAUGGUGCUGUUUAAAUGCUGAUGCUGAAAGCUAGUGAGUUGGAAAUGUUGAAACUGUGAAAUGGUAUAUGAUCAAAUUCUUGGGGUGGGGGGGGGAGAGAGAGAGAGAGAGGGGUGAACCAUACUGAAGCUGUCCAGAAUACAUGACUUCUAAACUGCAGGUAUAAAGCCUCAUUCUGCUCUCAUAAACAGUUUUAUGCUGGUGUAAUUCCUCUGAGUUACACCUGAUUUACACUGGUUUAGAACUGAGGAGAGUCAGGCCCAUAGCUGAUUACACUUACAGUUGCAAAACUACUUUAGCGACCAUGUUUAGACUCCGUUAGAAUGGUAUAAAAGAGACAUAGGUGUGCACUCCAACCUGAUAUGCAAUUGUGGAGCUGUUAAUAUGUGUUGCCUUAAGAUUCUGAUUUCACUUCUGCUGUGCUCCGAAUUUCCUGUAGCAUUUCCGGUGGUGAACCUGUUGUAUUAGGUGGAGCAGGUGUGGUCAAGUGACCUGAGCACAGGACUGGGAGCCAGGGAACUUGAUUCUGAUCUCUUCACGUACAUCAGUUUUACACCAUCUAUGGGUGUUACUCCUUGUUUAUAUUAGUGUAAGAGAGACCAGGAUCAGGCCAAAUACCUUCUGUAUUCCAACUCCCUCAUUAACCAUGGGCAAGUCACUUAACCUCUCUGCCUCAGUUUCCCCAUCUGUAAAAUGGGGAUAAUA